UUUAUGCUUUCAGUCAGUUUACUUAUUAUUUUUAGUAUUCAGAAUAAAAUUUGUUUUUUUGUGUAAACAUUGCCUCGACGCUCGUAAUUUAAUUAAUUCAACAAAUAUUGGAAUAAGUUUAAAUUAAAGACAUAAUGGCUGGUAAUUUUUGGCAAAGUUCUCACGCUCAGCAGUGGAUACUGGAUAGACAAGACCUGGCCCGUGAACGGCAACACGACCUGCAAGCACUUUCAGAAGAUGAAUACCAAAAAAUAUUUAUUUUUUUUGCCAAUGUUAUUCAAGUCUUAGGAGAACAACUUAAACUUCGCCAACAAGUUAUAGCCACUGCAACUGUUUACUUUAAAAGGUUUUAUGCGAGAAAUUCCUUGAAGAACAUUGAUCCUUUACUUCUGGCGCCAACUUGUAUUCUCCUUGCAUCCAAAGUUGAAGAAUUUGGAGUUAUUUCCAAUUCUAGAUUAAUAUCGAUAUGCCAAUCAGUAAUUAAGACUAAAUUCAACUAUGCCUACACACAGGAAUUUCCCUACAGGAUUAAUCACAUCCUGGAGUGUGAAUUCUAUCUUUUAGAAAAUUUAGACUGCUGCUUAAUAGUGUAUCAACCAUACAGACCACUUUUACAGCUAGUUCAAGAUAUCGGUGGACAAGAAGAUAAUUUCUUGACCCUAGCUUGGCGGAUAAUUAAUGACUCCCUCAGGACAGAUGUCUGUCUGUUGUAUCCUCCAUACCAGAUUGCUAUAGGAUGUCUACAAAUAGCAUGUGUAAUUUUACAAAAAGACUUAAAAUCAUGGUUUGCAGAACUCAAUGUUGAUUUGGACAAAGUACAAGAGAUUGUUCGUUCUAUUGUUAAUUUGUUUGAGUUAUGGAAGGAUUGGAAAGAGAAAGACGAGAUACAAGGUUUACUAGCCAAAAUUCCCAAACCUAAGCCGGCCCCUCAGCGAUGAAUUACCUCACUUUUAAGUUAUAAUGAUUAAAGAAUAAUAAAGCAGAAUAUCAUUCCUAA